AUGGAGCUGCUUCCCGCUGGUGACACCGCUGUCUCCCUGCUCUGUGCCCAGUUCCGCCAUAAGAGCGACAACCAGGUGAACAACCGGCAGUCUCAGGUGCUGCUCGGCGGCGUCCUCCGGCAGGAGCAGUGGAUGAACGUCCGCGUCGGGGACAUCAUCAAGCUGGAGAACAACCAGUUCGUGGCGGCCGACCUCCUCCUCCUGUGCAGCAGCGAGCCCCACGGCUUGUGCUACGUCGAGACGGCRGAGCUGGACGGGGAGACCAACACGAAGGUGCGCCAGGCCAUCCCCGUCACCUCGGAGCUGGGCGACACCGGCAAGCUGGCCCGCUUCGACGGCGAGGUGGUGUGCGAGCCCCCCAACAACAAGCUGGACAAGUUUGGGGGGACGCUCUACUGGAAGGAGCACAAGUACCCGCUGAGCAACCAGAACAUGCUGCUGCGGGGCUGCGUGCUGCGCAACACCGAGUGGUGCUUCGGCCUCGUCAUCUUCGCAGGCCCCGACACCAAGCUCAUGCAGAACAGCGGCCGCACCAAGUUCAAGCGCACCAGCAUCGACCGGCUCAUGAACACGCUGGUGCUCUGGAUCUUCGGCUUCCUGGUGUGCAUGGGGGUCAUCCUGGCCAUCGGCAACGCCAUCUGGGAGCACGAGGUGGGCGCCCGCUUCCAGGCGUACCUGCCCUGGCCCGAGGGCGUGCACAGUGCCUUCUUCUCCGGCUUCCUCUCCUUCUGGUCCUACAUCAUCAUCCUCAACACGGUGGUGCCCAUCUCGCUCUACGUGAGCGUGGAGAUCCUCCGCCUGGGCCACAGCUACUUCAUCAACUGGGACAAGAAGAUGUACUGCGCGGCGCGGCGCGCGGCGGCCGAGGCGCGCACCACCACGCUCAGCGAGGAGCUCGGCCAGGUCGAGUACGUCUUCUCCGACAAGACGGGCACCCUCACGCAGAACGUCAUGGUGUUCAGCAAGUGCUCGGUGAACGGGCGCAGCUACGGGGACGCRCAGGACGUGCUGGGGCACAAGGGGGAGCUGGGGCAGCGCCCGGAGCCCGUGGACUUCUCGUCCAACCCGCUGGCCGACCCCGGCUUCCAGUUCUGGGACGCGGGGCUGCUGGAGGCCGUGCGCCGGGGCCAGCCCCUCGUGCACGACUUCUUCCGCCUGCUGGCGCUCUGCCACACCGUCAUGCCCGAGGAGAAGAGCCCAGGCGAGCUCGUCUACAAGGCGCAGUCGCCGGACGAGGGGGCGCUGGUGACGGCCGCCAGGAACUUCGGCUUCGUGUUCCGCGCCCGCACGCCGCACACGGUGACGCUGCAGGAGCUGGGCCGCGCCGUCACCUACCAGCUCCUGGCCAUCCUCGACUUCAACAACCUCCGCAAGCGCAUGUCGGUCAUCGUGCGCAGCCCCGAGGGCCGCAUCCGCCUGUACUGCAAAGGGGCCGACACGAUYGUGCUGGAGCGGCUGGGCGCCGGCGAGCGGGAGCUGAGCGCCGUCACCGCCGAGCACCUCAACGAGUACGCGGGCGAGGGGCUGCGCACGCUGCUGCUGGCCUACCGGGACCUGGAGGAGGGCUACUACGCCGAGUGGUCGGAGCGGCUGCGGCGGGCGCGCGGCGCCGGCGAGGCGCGCGACGAGCGCCUGGGCCGCCUCUACGACGAGGUGGAGCGCGACAUGCGGCUGCUGGGAGCCACUGCCAUCGAGGACAAGCUGCAGCAGGGGGUGCCCGAAACCAUCGCCGUSCUCACGCUGGCCAACAUCAAGAUCUGGGUGCUCACGGGGGACAAGCAGGAGACGGCUGUGAACAUCGGCUACUCCUGCAAGAUGCUCACGGACGACAUGGCCGAGGUGUUCGUGGUGAGCGGGCGCACCGUGCUGGAGGUGCGCGAGGAGCUCAGACAAGCCCGGGAGAAGAUGAUGGYCGCCUCGCGCUCGGUGGGCAACGGCUUCUGCCAGGAGAAGGUGCCCUCCUCCAAGCUCCCGUCGGUGCUGGAAGCCGUCGCCGGCGAAUACGCGCUGGUCAUCAACGGGCACAGCCUGGCGCACGCGCUGGAGGCCGACAUGGAGGUGGAGUUCCUGGAGACGGCGUGCGCCUGCAAGGCCGUCAUCUGCUGCCGUGUGACGCCCCUGCAGAAGGCCCAGGUGGUGGAGCUGGUCAAGAAGUACAAGAAGGCCGUGACGUUGGCCAUCGGCGACGGCGCCAACGACGUCAGCAUGAUCAAGACCGCCCACAUCGGCGUGGGCAUCAGCGGGCAGGAGGGCAUCCAGGCAGUGCUGGCCUCCGACUACUCCUUCUCGCAGUUCAAGUUCCUGCAGCGCCUCCUGCUCGUGCACGGCCGCUGGUCCUACCUGCGCAURUGCAAGUUCCUCUGCUACUUCUUCUACAAGAACUUCGCCUUCACCAUGGUCCACUUCUGGUUCGGCUUCUUCUGCGGCUUCUCGGCGCAGACCGUCUAUGACCAGUACUUCAUCACGCUCUACAACAUCGUGUACACCUCGCUGCCCGUGCUGGCCAUGGGCAUCUUCGACCAGGACGUGCCGGAGCAGCGGAGCAUGGAGUACCCCAAGCUCUACGAGCCGGGGCAGCUGAACCUGCUCUUCAACAAGCGCGAGUUCUUCAUCUGCAUCGCGCAGGGCAUCUACACCUCGGUGCUCAUGUUCUUCAUCCCCUACGGCGUCUUCGCCGACGCCACGCGGGACGACGGCGCCCAGCUGGCCGACUACCAGUCCUUCGCCGUCACCGUGGCCACCUCGCUGGUCAUCGUGGUCAGCGUGCAGAUCGGGCUGGACACGGGUUUCUGGACGGCCAUCAACCACUUCUUCAUCUGGGGCAGCCUGGCCGCCUACUUCGCCAUCCUCUUCGCCAUGCACAGCGACGGCCUCUUCCACAUGUUCCCCAACCAGUUCUGCUUCGUGGGGGGCGCUUCGGGAGCCAUCGGGGGUGACCGGUGGCGACGGCGGCGGCCGCUGUCCCCGCUGCAGGUGCGCUACACGCAGCUGGUGCGCAAGAAGCCCAAGGGGCAGCGGGCGGGCGGGCGGCGCGGCGGCGGGCGCCGCUCCGGCUACGCCUUCGCGCACCAGGAGGGCUUCGGCGAGCUCAUCACCUCCGGCAGGAAUAUGCGCCCCGGCGCCGCCUGGAUCGACACCCUGCGCCGCAGGAAAGGGGGAGCCGAGGGUGCCGCCCGCAGCCCCCCCGCCCACGGGACCCUCGCGGUGUGA